AUGUAUUAUUCUGACUCAAGUAACUCGACAUUAUUAAAUAAUCAUAACGUGUACGGAAAAAGUGAGCAUGUGGAUUAUGUUGAAGGUGAGAACACAAAAAAAAAGCGAAAAAGGAAUGAAGCGAAUGGUAUGGUUAGAAAGAACCGAAAUGAAGCGAAUGGUGUGGUUAGAAAGAACCGAAAUGAAGCGAAUGGUGUGGUUAGAAAGAACCGAGAUAAAGAAAAUAGUAUAGUUAGAAAGAACCGAGAUAAAGAAAAUAGUAUAGUUAGAAAGAACCGAGAUAAAGAGAAUGGAGUCGUCACAAGGAGGCACCAUGAAAUAGAAGGUAAAAAUGAAGUAGAUUUAUUCAUGAAUAGCAGUACAAGUAACUAUGAAAAAACGAGUGUUUCCUCCCCAUCUCGUGAUGACCAUUUUGAAAAAAAAAGGUGCGCAAAGAAUGACGAAAUAAAAGUUAGUAGUACAAAUUUUAAGCAGUUAAAAGGGAAAAAUAGAAAAAAGAAUUUUAACAAAACGAUAAAGCGGAGUAAUAACACGGAGGAUGGUGUUAUGGGGAAGAAACACGAUGAAGUAAAUAUAUCCAAUGAGGAAGAAAGCAGCAGAAGUUCGUUUGGUAAUGAUAAAAAGGAGAGGAGUGCAAAGGGGGGUGCAACGGAUGAAGCGGUUGGAACAGAUGAAGUAGAUGAAAUGGCGGAAGCAGAUGGAGCAGAUGGAGCAGAUGGAGCAGAUGGAGCAGAUGGAGCAGAUGGAGCAGAUGGAACAGAUGAAGUGGAUGAAAUGGCGGAAGCAGGUGGAGCGAAUGAACCGGGAAAUGGAAAGGACUUCACGAAAGGCUGUGCAAAUCGGAAAGGGGCACAGAACGCUGAUCAAAACUAUUUCGACUUUAGUAACUUGAAAGACGCGGACGUUAAAAGCUUUUACGGAAGCACGGGAAAAAUUAUAAAGCUUAGAAUUCGUAAUUUUUUGAAUCAUGAAAAUUUAGAGUUAUCUUUUAAUUCGAGUAAGAAUAUAAUAAUUGGGAAAAAUGGGAAAGGAAAAAGUGCAAUAGCCCAAGCAGUAGCAGUAGGAUUAGGAAGUCAAGGGAAGCAAGCUGGUAGAGAUAUCAGCUUAGCAAAUUAUAUAAAAGAUUAUGAUAAAAAUAAAAAGAAUCUUGUAUGUAAUAUAGAAAUAUUUUUAUCAAAUUCGGGAAAAAAUUCCUAUAAAAGGGAUAUUUAUGGUGAUAUAGUAGUAAUCAAGAGGGUCUUUACCUCCCACUCAAGCAAGUUUUUUUUAUAUGGACUACGGCAAGGUAGAAAUAGUGUGUCCCACUCGGAGACAGUAACUACAAAUAUGACUUCUAAUUUUUGUACCAAUACAAAUACGGAAAACAUGGACAAACGGAUCAGUAGCAAUGUUAGUACUCACAGUAGGGGAGUCGAAGAUAGUAGUAACGGUAGAAAUGCCGUUGCUAAUAACAGUAGCAGUGAAGAAUAUCCAAUGAGACAGGCACGGAAAAAGGCGUAUAUAGACAACUACCUAAAUGUUAUCAAGCUGAACAUAAGAAGCCCAUGUGUGUAUUUGGACCAAGAAAAGGGAAAGCAAUUUUUCAGUACAAUCAAUGAGAAAGCAUUACAUAAAUUUUUUAUGAGUUCAGUAGGAUUAAAUAUUGUUGAAGACGAAAUAGAAAAAGAGAAUGAAAUGCUACAGAAUUGUUUAAAGGAAAUAAAACAAAAGGAAAUAUUAUUAUGUCCAUUGGAAGAGGAACUAAAAAAUAUGAAAGAAAAAAAUGAUAUGUUAAGAGACGAAUUUGAUAAAUUGAAAUAUUAUGACAAAGGUUACAAAAUAGCAAUAUUUUAUGAUUUAUUAAAAAAUACUAUUCUAAUGUUUAAUGAAUAUCUAAAAGCAGAAAAUUUUAAAAAUGAAAAAGUCAUUAAUAGUAUACAAAAUAAAAUGAACACACUAGUAGAACAGAGUGAAUACCUUAAGGAGGUAGUAAAGCUUGUUAUUGAAAAGGACACGUUUGCAUAUAAUUUUAUAAAAAAAAAUCAAGAUAAAAUGAUAAAAUAUAACGAAAUGGUUAAAGAAUUAAUUAGUAUAAAGGACAGAUAUACAAAACGGAAAGACGAAAUUGUAAAUUAUGUGAGCUCUUUUGAAAAAGCAAAAGAUAACAAGAAAUUGUUGAGAGACCAUUUGAAUAAGUAUAAAGAUGAAAUAAAAGAUAUAAAACAAAAAAUAAAAAUACAAACAGAUAAAGAAAUAGAGUUACAAAGCGAAAUAAAUAAAAGAGAAAAUUCCAUUUAUGAAAUGGAAUAUCAAGUAAGCAAAUGUCAAAACAGUGUAGAGCUUAUCAACAAACAGAUUAAUGUUAUUACUGCUCAUCUGAACAAAAUUCAAAAAAUAAAAAACAAUCAAAUUAAAAAAAAAAUGUAUAUAUAUGGAUACGAUAUUUAUACAGUAAGAAAAGAUAUUAUUAAAAAUUAUAACGUCUAUAAUGAGUCCGACAGGAGCUCCUUUCUCCCCUCUCUGGAUGCCCAACCAAAUUUGGCAAAUUUGGCAAUGGAUGGUAUUCAUGGGAGCAGUAGUUAUGACUGUCAUUUUAAAUAUGAACCCAUAGGACCAGUAGGUGAAUAUAUUAAAUUAAGGGGAAAUAUUGAAAAUGAAAAAAUACUUUCAAUUAUUGAAAAACAUCUGGGGGAUCUUUUCUAUGCAUGGUUAGUCAGUUGCUACGAAGAUAAGAAUAUAUUGACAAAUAUAGAAAUAGAAAACAAAAACAAAUUUAGCAUCAUAGUUACUAAUGCAUUUCAACAUGUUAGAAGAGACUCGUUAUUACAGAAUAUUCAAUCUUUACUUAGUAAAAUUAAUGGAAAUAGUAUUUAUUCCUUUUUAAAUAUUGAUUUAUUACCUACCUCAUUAUUGUUCUAUUUAUAUGAUAACUUUAAAAUAGUUCAAACCUUAAUAUGUAAUAAUUCUACAGAAUUACAAGAGUUACUACGUACGAAUGAUAAGAAAAUUGUAAAAUCAAUAUAUGUAAUUGAUGACUUUGUUUUAGUAAAGGUUCUUGCCAAUGGAGGGUUACACUAUCAGCCAGCAAAAGAAGAGUAUUACAGGAACCCUAUUUUUUUAAAUCGUCCAUUUAAUGAAAAUAAUUUGUACGAUGAAUCAAAUGAUAGUCACCUGCCCACACAGAACGACGCAUUCGUUAAUGUGCCAGCUGGUGAUUCAGUGUCUAUCGCACAAUUCACAUCUAUUAAUACUGCCGCUGAUACUAGAGCGGCUGAUAGCAGUCCAAUUAAUAAUAAUGAAAAAAAUGGAACACAUAAGACGAAUGAAGAGGAGCUGAAAGAGCUAGAAAAAGAAAAAGAAGAAAUGGACGAGGAAAUAUUAAGGACGUCCAAAAAAAUUUUGUCAUAUAAAAAUAUAAUAGAGAGUUUAAAUGAAUCAUUAAAGAAGUGCAAAUUCGCCCAGGACGAACUAAAAUAUCAGUUACAAAAUAUUGACGAGUUAAUGGAAAAUCAUGAUAGUAUAUUUUCGGAACAAUUAGAUUUAGAAAUUAAAGAAAAAAAUAAAGAUAUAUAUAACAUUAAUGAGAGUGUCAACAGUAUUGAUGAAUACAUACGUGUACUUGAGGGAAAGAAAAGAAACGCUUUAGAUACAUGCUCACUACACAAAUAUUUAAUAUCACACCAUAGCGAAUAUUUGAAAAAAAAGAAAGAACAACUCACACAAUUAAUAGAAGAAUAUUACAAUUUAAAGGAAGUCCUAAUUAAGUUAGAAAAAGAUAAGAAGAAAAAUGAGGAAGUUGCCACGAGAAGUAAAAAGAGUUUUCUCUUAUCUUUGAACAAACUGCAUAACGUAUAUUUUGAGUGCCUAACGAGCAAUUUUUUGCUCGAUGAUAUAUUUUUAGAAAGUCCUUUUUUAAUUCUAAAAGGGAGAAACUCAACUACUACUAUAACGAAUAUUGCGAUAAGGAGGACUCACUUUGGAGAGGAUGCUAGUAAUGUGGAUAAAGUGGGUGAGUGUAAUUGUAGUGAUAAUAACAGUCCUCUUGAGGGAAGGAGUGGAAAUGAAUUAACUGAAAGUGGUUGCUCCGUGAAGGUUACAUUCACUACAGAAAGUCUGAACAAGAGUUUAUGCGGAAACGAAAUAAUCCAAGCAGAGGUCCCCUUGUCAUCAUUAAGUUCGUUCAACAAACUUUUUUUACUGUCAGGAAAUGAUGAAAAUAUAAUGAAAAGUAAAGAAAAUGCUAGUUUAAAUAAAAGCCCCAAUUUAUAUAGUAAUAAUAAAAAUAUGGGAAUGGAAAUAAAAGAUAUCAAAAAGUUAGAAAUGUAUAUUGAAAAUAUUAUGAACAAUAAUGGGAGGGUAGACAAUAAAUCGUCUUGUGAUAAUAUUAUUUCAAGUAAUAAAAUCCUUUUUGAUGAGGAUAAAAUUGAGAUAUCAUCGUAUGAGAAAUAUUCAGAUAUAUUAUGGAAAAAAAGAUGUGAAAAAAAAAAAGAAAUAAUAGAAAUACUUAAAGUAAAUGGUUUCAAAGAAAUUGACAAUACAGAUAAUUCAUUGAAAAAUUAUUUUGAUAGUCUAAUAGAACAAUACACAAAUGAUGAAAAAGGUUAUAUUGCACAAAUGAAACAAAUAAAUGAAUUAAAAAAUAAUUAUGAUAUGCAUUUAUCAAAUAUAAAACUUCGAAGAUCCAAAUUUUCAACAAUUUUGAAAAAAACCAAAGAACAAAUCACAGUACAUUUUAAAAAUAUUUUAAAAAGUAUGAACAAUUAUAAAGGGAAGAUUGAAUUUGAUGAUCUUAAUAGACAUGUAAAAGUCCUUGUUUCAAUUAAUCAAGAUAUUUCUAAUAAUAUUUUUAUGGAAAUAAAUUCCUUAUCUGGGGGUGAAAGGUCAACAAUACAAAUGGCACUCUUAGCCUCCUUAUCCCUUACAGAAACGUCAUCUUUUCAUAUUUUCGAUGAACUCGACGUGUACAUGGAUGAACUCACCCGCGUUAAAAACAUGCAGCAAUUUUGUGAAUUCAUCGAAAGGAAUAAUGAUAAACAAUACUUUUUCAUAACACCGCAUAUUGAGAUAACGGAGCUCUUUUUGGGGGAUGCUAAGGAAAAAAAAGCCAAAAUAUUAAAUUUGUCAUGA